GUGCUGUACCUCCACUGUUCAAUGUCAGUCGGUCUCACCACUUCCUACUCCUACAAAGUCCUGCAGCUACGACCAGGCUGCUGGCAGGUGGGAGGAGCUGACGGCCGCAGCCUCAGUGUGCUCCUGCUGUGACUCCAUGUGCGGCAACAUACCUAUCAAGAACACAGUCAGCAGUCCAGGCUUGCUCAUCAGACAAAGAAGUGAAGUGAAACCAAGGGAGAAGGAGAUGUCUUUUCAAGCAGAGGAGACAAGAGACUGGGAAGAUCCAGAAGAGAAGCUGGAAGGGGAAAAAGAUGAGAACUAUAAGGAAGUCCAGACUUUUCCACAGGAAACGGAGGAGGAAGAAGCCAGUCCUAAGAAGACCAAUGACACAAAAGCAUGGAGAACAAGUGAUGUAGUCACUCAGCAGGGAAACGGAGAGGAGGAAGAGGAAGAGGAGGACGUGGGAGAGACAGAGGUGGUGAUGGAUGAGACGGACAGCCAGCUGAAAGAGUUCUCUACAGAGGACAUCAUGUCUGACCAGAGUACACCGGAGGAAUUCUCAAGUACCGAACAUGCUUCUGUGAGUGGUUUGUCCAGUCACAACAUCAGCACUGAUGCUUCUGGUGCCAACGCUACAACUACAGCUUCCAGCUUUGCGAUUGAUUAUGAUGAUACGACCAAUCUUGGUUCUGCAGAAAAUGUUUCCACAGCUGCAUUUCCUACCAGUGAGCUUUGUGCUGAUGGUGACCCAAAGAGCUGCAGCACCACCAUUAAUAGUGGGGCACAAAGCUUCACCCCUGAUACUGUUAUUGGAGCCACAAAUAGAUCUGGUUCUCUUUGGGAGUCAGAUAUUAGAGACUUUGAGACAGUUGGGAAACACUCUGCGACCGGUGACUUGGGAAUGGAUGUCCCAGGUUUGUUUAAUAUCAGCAGGCUGGAGGCAAAUCAGAGUGACUCGCUCCUCUGGUCAGAACAGUCUGACUGGAUACAAGGCCAAGCAGAAGAUGUUGAUCGGAGUGAAAGAGCAGAUGGAGAUGGUGGUGAUGAUGAUGAUGAUGAUGAUGAUGAUGAUGAUGAUGAUGAUGAUAUGCUUCACAGUGUUCAGAGCAGAGAGUCAGACUCAGAGCAGCACGCUCAUCCAGCUGGCUUCAGGGACACAACCUUUGUACACAGGUCUCUCGGUAAGCCUGAUUUUGAUUCUGGAGCUGAAGAAGACGAAGCUCUUCAUCUAAGUCACUUGACUGGAGAAGAGCAGACAAUGCAUGAAGACAGCCUUAGUCACUCUGCUUUGGUGAGCAUCUCCUCGGCCCUGCAGGGCUCUGUAAGCAGCCUGCCAGCUGAUUCGGACUGGGCUGAUCUGGAGCAAGCACCGGGCUUGUACAGCUUGGGGUUUGUGGAGGAGUGGCCAGUAGAGGAGUUGGGACAGAAGCUGAUGGAUGACUUCUAUCAAGAUGAGAUUAUUUAUCAGAAGAGUUCUAACACUGGUUUACAUAAGAAUGGACACAAUAUUUCACUAGAGUUUUAAACAUGUCUGAGUCUGACCCGACAAAAACAGCACAUGAAAUCCUGUGCUGCUGUAUUUAUUACAUUGUUUCGUUCAAUAUUUAUGAAAGUCUUAAGAACAGCUUUGAAGGAGGGAAAGGUAAAGUCAGAAGUCAUAGUGGGUCAUGUAGAAUCCAUCCAGCAACAGGAAAUGAGGAAUUUUACAACCCUUUCUUUCAAAUGCUGUAACUUUCCUAUGAUUGUAGAACCUCAGUAAUUUUGAAACCUUUCUGUAAAUGUCAAGGACCAUAAACAGCUGUUAGUGCUCACAUGAAGAAUAUGAAACCAGGAGAGACUUUCAGACAAACCUUUCCAAGACUGGAGGAGAACCUUAUGUUCAGCUGCCUGUAGCCAUGAUGUGGACAUGUUUGUAAUGAAUAAACUCCUCUGACCAAGCUCUUACCUACCUUUUGACUUGUUGCCAUACAUGUGAGAAAUCUAUCGUGUAAAAAAA